UGAAUGUGGAGACCCAACCGGAAAGCUUUAAUUUAGUUAUCUGAGUAGCUAAGAGGCUAUCAUCCUCGAGCUAACGCCGUUAAAAUUGCUAAACCCUUUAUAUUCGAUCAACUAUUUCCUGUUGUGGUCUGAUAACUGUGCAGGAUAACAAUGAUUAAAGCUAUUUUGAUAUUCAACAAUCACGGUAAACCGCGGCUGAUUAGGUUCUAUCAAUAUUUCACGGAGGACAUGCAGCAGCAGAUCAUUCGGGAGACUUUUCAUUUGGUAUCCAAGAGAGACGACAAUGUCUGCAACUUCCUGGAGGGUGGAAGUCUCAUUGGUGGUUCAGAUUACAAACUCAUCUACCGGCACUAUGCAACCCUUUACUUUGUCUUCUGUGUGGACUCAUCUGAGAGCGAGCUUGGAAUUCUGGACCUGAUACAGGUGUUUGUGGAAACACUGGAUAAAUGCUUUGAAAACGUCUGUGAGCUGGACCUCAUAUUCCACAUGGACAAGGUACACUACAUCUUGCAGGAAGUGGUGAUGGGAGGCAUGGUGCUGGAGACUAACAUGAAUGAGAUCGUAGCUCAGGUGGAGCUGCAGAACCGCAUGGAGAAGUCAGAGGGCGGUCUGUCUGCAGCUCCAGCUCGUGCUGUCUCCGCUGUGAAAAACAUGAACCUGCCAGAGAUUCCUCGAAAUAUCAACAUCGGAGACAUCAAUAUCAAAGUACCGAGCCUCUCCCCAUUCUGAGAAGCCUCCCAGCUGAGCUCUGCUGGGCUGAUGUACUACAGACAUACCUGUUUCCCUCCUCCCAGCUCUCUAGCUAAGACAGAAAACUGUGUGUGUGUGUGUGUGUGUGUGUGUGUGUGUGUAUAUAAAUAUAUAUAUAUCAGUCUUUUCACAUGUUCAGGAGUUCUGGAUUAUUUUUGAGUUCUGUUGCUAACAGUUACUUUAGUUAAAGCAUUUGCACAAGAAUGUAAAUUAUCUUUCUAUAAAGCUUUAGCAGUUAUAUUGCUAUCUUGACAUCGCCUGCUAUUCCCAGUGUGUCCUGCAGAUCUGCUCUAGAUUUCCUGUUCCGUCCAAAAGAAAAACGACUGCUGAUCCAGUGUGUAUUUUUCUGCACGUUUUUUUAUUUUUCCCAAGCUCCGACAUUCAUCGUUUGUUCUGCCUAAGUUCUGAAAAACAUUCCCUCCUGUCUGGAGGAGUUCACUGUACCCUUUGGCCUCUGCAGUAUGCAGCAAAUGUUCCAAAUGUGUGCUCUCAGAAUGGGAUCAGACUCAUCUGCCUGGCUGCUGUCGCAGUUUUUUUUCCCCCUCCUUCUCUGUGAUAUACUGCGUCUCUGAUGUCCUUGUGAUUUGUGAAUAAUAUAAUUGUUCUCCUGGGUGCAGAUUGUGCUCAGCCUAGGAAAAUGUAAAUGCUGUGUAUUUCUAGCCAGCUUUUAAUGUGCCGUGAUAGGAUCCUUCCGACGUCUGUUCAGAGAUGCGAGAUACUCAUGUUUUUUUGAAGCGUAUUUGUGUUUGUUUGGUCUGAUGCGAUCAGUCAGAUUGAUGUCAAAGCUGUGCCCUGUAAGUAGUUUUACCAUAAAUUCCUGUCAAUCCUCCUGAGCAAAGAAAUACGUCUCUGUGCCAAGAAAUUAAAUGAAUGAAAACACCAA